AUGGCUUCUCUUGUGCCGCAGAAGCCUUCAACGCCACCUCCCUCUUCCAGAUCGCCUCGUCGGCGGAUGUCUGCUACGCAACAGCGGUGCAGAAGAAGAUCCAAAUCCGGUCCAGCUGACAUGGCGGAAGGGGCGGAAAUUCCAGAGUGUGCGACGAGCCCCUCCAUCAGCCCAUCCAUGAGCAUGCGGUCACAUGCUCUGUCGGAUUCACAAGAAAGCAGGGUUCACUUCGAGGAAACCCCCGAGAUCAUCUUGUUUCUGAGUGCUGACGAGGGCGUCGCUGAGGAGCUUUCAGCGGUUGCGGAAGAGGAUGAGCGAGGCCAGGCAGACGAGAGAGAUCAGCUAAGCUCCUUGAGAGCGGCACUGCCACAGAUGGGCGAGACUCCGUUGGCAGUGCCAGCUCCGCAUGACGUAUGCGAAGGAGGCGGCGGUUUGGCGGACCUUGCUGCAGAGAGGCGCGACGCCAUGCUCCUUAAACUCUUCCCUGGCAUUGAGAGACCGUGUUUGAUGCGCCCUCGGCCUUCGAUCGACUGA